AUGAUGGGUGACUGGCUGUCUCCCUUGACUGUGGAGGAAAUUAAAGCCAUAUGUCUCACGUUAAACAUAACACUCAGCAAUGCGGUAUGCAAGUCUCGAUUGAAGUUGGUGGAGUUCUUGGAGAAUGUCGACAGUGACAAGAGAGCGGAGCUCGAGGGGCUAAGAGAUCAAAAGAAACUGACCAAGAGAGGUUCUAGUAAGCGAAAACGAGCAGAAGCAUCCACCACAGGGGACACCACCAAGAGGGCAAAGCCAGGCACUUCGGAUGAACAGAGCCCAACAUUUGGAACUCAGGAACUAGUCAAAGCUGUACCGAAGCCUCGAUUCAUGCAGCUUCCAAGUGCAAAAGAAAUACACGAUCGCUGUGUCGAAUUUUUGGAUGCCCUUUCACCUCAUGCUGUUGCUGAGGUCGUGUGUGCAUCAUGCACACGACUUCAUUGGCAAUCGGAAUCGACAAUUGUCAGCAUAGACAGCAUUCCGCAUUCAAAUCACUUACAUCCUGUAUGGAAUCCUCAUCCAGCGCAUGUGCUUAUGGAUGGGAUGCUACUAGAAACUAAAGGGAUUCAGUGCAACAACACUAAAGGAGCCAGUGUCCAUUUGUGCGGCGAGUGUCUUCACCACCUGUCAUCAAAUAAACUACCCCCUUUCACGUUAUUGAACAAGAUGUGGAUCGGCCCUGUUCCUGAAGUUUUGAGCCAACUUACCAUGCUGGAGCAGCUCCUCCUCACACCAGUUUAUCCACAAUGCUUUGUUUACAAGCUCCAUCCAAAAAGCGGUUCUACUGGAGACCCAACGCGUGAGCAAUCUGGCUUACGAGGGAAUGUCACAAGCUUCCUGAUGAAUACAGAUGAGGUUGUCGAGAUGCUAAAAGGGGCAAAAAUGCCACGACCAGCAUCCAUUCUCGCAUCAGUUCUCGCGAUAACCUAUGUUGGAGUUGGUCAACUUCCCAUAAAUUGGCUGAAGUUGAUGUUUUGUGUUCGCCAUCGAGCAGUCCUGGAAGCAUUAGCAUGGUUGAUUCAAAACAACAAAUAUUUUUUGGGAUAUGUGAUUGAUGAAGAGGUGGUCACAAGCUUACCCGAGGAUAAUGUGCCAGUGGAGAUCAUUGCUUCCAUACGUCAAGAGACUCAGAUGGAUAUUCUUGAGAAGGAAAGUGAUGCAUGUGUUCCGGGUUCAUUGAUGACGGAAGUGGUAGUGGGGAAGGACAAGAUGGGGAUGGGGUUCAACAAGGUAAGAAUGGAUUGGAAUACCUUCAACUAUGCCACUGUCUGA